AGAAAAAAGUUCUAUGUUUGCUGUGAAGACCUUAUACAGCCAAAUACAACAACAAUAAAUAUAACAACAAAUACAAGAAGAAAUAAAACAACAACUACAACCACAACUACAACUACAACUCCAAGUCCUGUGCUGCAAUUGUUGGAUGUUGAAGGCUGCGGUUCAUUUGGGAACGUGCCACAGACUAUAAAUGGAUACCAAGUAAUUGUGCAGAGUCGACCCUGGAUGGCUCUGCUGAAAUUUAAAACGGGUGAUGGUCGAGAAAAAUUCCUUUGUGGCGGUUCCCUAAUUUCGAGUCGCUAUGUACUAACAGCAGCGCAUUGUAUUAACCCAUUGUAUGAACUUAUCUCGGUUCGCUUAGGGGAGCAUACAAUAUCAACUGAUAGAGAUUGCGGAUUCUCGAAGGGAAGAGUAACCUGUGCACUUCCAGUUGAAAAUUUUGAAAUUGAACGCGUAUUUAAACAUGAGAAUUUCUCUGCAAGUCAUGGCCUUAAUGAUAUAGCGCUUAUCAAACUAAAGGGGCAUGCAGAAACCAAGUCACACAUAAGACCCAUCUGUUUGCCCAUUACCAAGGCGAUACAAGAUAAGUCCGAAUCGCUGAGAGAGUUUCGAGUAACAGGCUGGGGUAAAACUGAAACUUUGGCAAGUGCGGAUACUUUACAGGAAUCGAUUAUACGCAAAGUACCCCGAGAAAAUUGCUGUCGGGCUUUCAGGAGACCAUCAUAUAAUAAUUUAUCUAUUAUUUGUGCUGGAGACACUUUGGGAGAUGCUUGCAAUGGCGACUCUGGUGGUCCGUUGUCCUUUUUGGAUUAUGUCAAAGGCAAACAAAGAUUUGUUCAGUAUGGAAUUGUCAGCGCUGGUUCGAAUAAUUGCGGUCGUGGACUUCCAGGUGUAUACACCAAUGUGGGUAAAUUUCUGUCAUGGAUAGCCGAAAAAAUGGUCGAACCAUAAAAUCUCCAACUUUUCCUUAACAACUGUAUCUAAAACUACAAAAUAUGUAAUUGAAUUUAUAAUAAUAUUAUUUCUGCUAUAGCCGUCUUAAAGUAAAAGGUUAAGAAUAACUAUGUUCUGUUUAUGUAAAUAUAAAAUUAGUUGCUCCAUAGCCUUCAGUAUAUAUCUUUGAAGCAAAUAAAUGCAAAACUCCUGCAUUUUUUCUCUAGGGACU